UGCAGAAUGAAGUGGAAACUGCCCCGAACCCUCUGGCAAAGGCCAGCCCUGCACCUAAGGUGGAUACUGUCACCCAGCUUCAUGCUGCGGCUGUUAACGGGGACAAGACCAUGUUAAGUCGCCUUCUUUUCACUAAUGGCAAGGACUUGGACACUGGCGACCAGUUUGGCCGCACCCCGCUCAUGUUCUGUGUCCUGGGGGACAGACUGGACUGUGCAGAGAUCCUGGUCAAGGCCGGGGCCCACAUAGACAAGAGAGACAAGGGUGGCAGGACGGCCCUGCACUGGGCAGGACAUAAGGGUAAUUUUCGCCUGCUCAAACUGCUGAUUGCCAAAGGUGCUAACAUUCGUGAGAAGGACAAUGAAGGUCAGACUGCCCUACAUCUGUGUACUCGUCACAAGUCACCCAAGUGUAUGGCCCUGCUUCUUAAGCAGCUGUCUCCAGGAGAAAUAGACGACCAGGAUAAAAAUAAGAGGACUGCCUUACACUGGGCGUCAUCAUAUGGAAAUUUGGAACACAUCAGAAUGUUGAUCAAGCAGGACUCUAACAUUGGGAUCCCUGAUGUAGAAGGGAAGACCCCCUUACAUUGGGCAGCCAGCAGUCGGGAUGCCGCCACAGUUAACUGUGUCAAAUUAUUACUGGAAACCACUCCCAGUGUGAUCAACUGGCAGGACUAUGAGGGAAGAACAGCUUUACAUUUGGCUGUGGCUGAUGGGAACGAAGACGUUGUAAAUGUUCUGACAAGUGUUGAGAACUGCAAUGUGUCAGCACUAGAUAACAUGUUCAGAACUCCAUUACACUGGGCUGCUGUUCUGGGACACUCUAAGAUAGUUGGGAUGUUACUGGAUAAGAAUGCUGAUUACUGCAGCUCAGACUCUAACGGCGCCACGCCCCUGCAUUAUGGAGCCCAGAACAAUUAUGAUGACACAGUUGCCGUCUUUUUGGCGAGAAAAAACGUCACAGAUGAGCCCGAUGUGGAGGGAAGAACAGCUUUUAUGUGGGCUGCUGGGAAAGGCGCCAAUGACGUCAUUAAAAUCUGGCUUAAACACGGUGUUGAUAUACAUCAGGUGGACAAAAAUGGCGGCACUGCACUUCAUGCAGCAGCCUUAUCCGGACACGCUACGACCGUGAAGCUUUUGUUAGGGGCUGGUUCCUCGAUUAAUUCCAAAGACUCGCUGAAGCACACGCCCUUGUUUCGUGCUUGUGAAAUCGGGCACACAGAUGUUGUUCAGACGCUGAUUGACUGUGGAGCAAGAGUGGACGUGUUGGAUCAGGAUGGGCGAUCUCCGCUGCACUGGGCAGCUUUGGGAGGUCAUGCUUACAUCUGCCAAACUCUGAUCAAAUAUGGAGUGGACCCAAAUAUUAGAGAUCAGUCAGGGAGAACGCCACUGCAAUGUGCUGCUUACGGGGGAUUUGUCAACUGUAUGUCUGUACUCAUGGAACAUCAGGCCGACCCAAAUGAUCAGGAUAAUGAGGGCAUGACGGCUCUGCACUGGGCAUGUAACAAAGGUCAGCUAGACGCAGUUAAGCUGCUCAUAGAGUACCUGGCUUUUCCUAACCACAUGGAGUUCACUGAGGACAGGUACACACCUUUGGAUUACGCUCUGAUGGGAGAACACCACGACGUGGCUCAGUACAUGAUAGAACAGGGGGCGCUAUCCAUCACUGGUAUACAGGACAUCGCAGCCCAGAAGAUUCAGUCAGCCUUUCGGGGAUUCAGAGUGAGGAAAACUUUCAUUGAGAGAAAACAGCUGCUAAUGAAACAUGAACACUUGAAGAAAGAAGCUGCCAAAAAACGUGCGGAAGAAGUGUGCAAAAAGAAGGAUGUUCAGACAAAGCCUGAUGCCGAGGAUCAGCCAUUGUGCUCUGCCAUUGAUGCUGAAGCUGAAAAUGAAACCGAAAGUGGACAUGAUGCGGAGAACUUGAUCUCUCCCACAGAACCUGCGGGAGAACAGCCUCCAGCCAAUGCAAUACAGUCCAAACCAGAAGUCCGGCCACCAACUGAUCGGGAAAUACUGGAACAACAUAAAGCUACCAGAGAGAUAGUGAGAGCUGAAAAAGAACGAAAGCAGGCCUUUCAGAAACGGAGAACAGCUCUCAGCUCUACUCUGGCCAAGAAUGGAAAGUCAAAGGGAGAGAACUGCUCCCCAAGGCAGGCACAGGAGUUGGAAUGGAGAAGGCAGGUGGCAGCACUGAUCAUCCAGCUGGCCUGGAGGAAAUACUACAGGAGAAAACUCCAAAGAUGUGGUUCAGCUGCCAGUAGCAGACGAAAAAAACAACUGUUGUUAUGGGACCCUGAUAUCAUAGCUGCGAAACAACAGAUCCUACUGCAAGAAAUCUACUCUGAGGAAUUGGAUGUACCUUUCUGGCACCCAGCUUUGAGAGGGAAUCAGCAAUCCUGGUCCCGCGGCACACCUUCAUCUGUAGCAGUGUCAUCCUAUAACAGUGCUGUAGGCAAAUAUCACCGGGAGUAUUGUGGCAAAGGUCAGAACUCAAGGUCAGCAUCAAGGUCAAGUGGGCGAUAUGUGAAAAAUGACCGAGAGUCGAUGAAUAACAAAACAGAACUGAACAUGUCAGAUAAACUUCAGCACAUCAAAGUGGCAAGAGAUGGAAAGGCAAACAACAAAUUCUCUUACAAUAUGAACAAGUCUUGACACCUUGAAACUCGUGAAAUGGGAAGAAUUUUUUUAUGGGCAAGUCCGAGGAUACAAAAGCAGUUGAAAAUUUUGAUACGUUUGUGCACCCUUGUGAUAUGAAAUGUACAUCUAUGUAAAAUGAUGCUGGUCAUAAUACAGUUCCAGAGAUUUGUCUUUUACUUGUAAUCUGUGCUGAACAUUUUAGUUGAGAUAAAACUGUUUUAAAAAUUUAUUUCUCAAACUGAAACCAAUCAGAUACCAUAUUGUUGGACUAUAUUUGCUUUGUUGCUUCUAUUCGUUGAAAAGUUUAGUCAAGAAAUACAGAAGAUGUGUUGCCAUUUUUAACUUUCAGUUCUGAAAGCUAUCUUUGCUUUUUUGAUAUCUUUUUGUUGGUCUGUUUGUCGUUUCAGUCUGUUUUAUAAAUAUGUAAAUAUCAUAAAAUAUAAUUUUAUGUAAAUAUCCAUGAAACAAAGCUUUGUUAACCUGUAUCUGUUCCAUUGGAACCAACUGUUUUUUUUUUUUAAAUAUACCACGGCCAGUUACGUUUUCCAUUUCAUUUAGUACAGCUAACGCAGAGCAAUGACCCAGGAGGCUCUCACCAAUGUAAUUGCUGUGAGUUCAAGUCCAGCUUAUGCUGGCUUCCUCUCUGGUCGUAGAUGACAGUUUCUGCAAGUAAAUUGUAUAUGAUCAUGUGUUUUUUCCUGGGCUCUGCCUGGUUUCCUCCCACCAUAAUGCUGGGAGUGAAAUAGCUGAAAUAUUUAUGAGUACAGCCACAAACACAGUCAAAUAAAUAAAUGAAUCUGUAGUGCAUAUGACACUUCAGAACCAUUUUAACAAGUUAUCUGAGGCAGAAAUUGGCUCAGUUUGUAUGCUUAUGAGCUUGAAAUAUGGCAACAAGCCAACUUCGUUUGAAAAGGUUGUUUUGAAAUUCUCACUUAUUUAUUUGAUAGGUGAUUGAUGCUGUACUUGGGAGUCUUUCAUUUGCACCAAAACAGGUCUAAGGGUGGAGGAAAAGAUUAUUUCUGGAAUUUUUUUUUUUAGAAUUGUUAAAGUGUUCACAAAUCUUUUUGUUUUGGCAUUGCUGUGUUAUUUUUUUCUACAGCAGUUUGUGGGUAAUUUGUAUGCAUUUUCGCGAGCGUGUGUUGUUCUUGCUUGUUAAUGUUGUUUAAGAUUUAGCUGUGAUGACCGACCCGGAUAGCACAGUUGGUAGAGCGUCGGCUUCGGAAGCGGUAGACCCAGGACCAAUUCUGCCGAGAAAAUGGAGGUGUCUAAACCAAAUUGUUAUAUAUCCGACCGCCAAUGAUGGUCGAUGUGAAGAUAGGGACAAUGAACCCAGCGUCUUAUUCAGACUGCCAUCUUUAUUCAUCUGCAUUAUGCAAACACGACACAAAUGUUGUUUUUUUUUCACAUUCAUUAGCGUCUUAAGAUGCAAUUUCUGGGCGAAAUUUUAUGUCAUUUACAUUUACCAUAAUCAUGGUAAUAGGCCAAUGAUGGGUGAG